CUCUCAGAAGGAUGGUGAAACUGGGGAAUAAUUUCGCUGAGAAAGGCACAAAACAGCCGCUGUUGGAGGAUGGCUUCGACACCAUCCCCCUGAUGACACCCUUGGAUGUCAAUCAGCUGCAGUUCCCUCCUCCAGAUAAGGUACGUUUAAAAACUAAAACAGAGUAUGAGCCUGAUCGCAAGAAAGGGAAAUUCCGUACUCCCAAAAUAGCUGAAUUCACAAUCAGCAUCACAGAAGGCGUUUCGGAGCGAUUUAAGGUGACAGUUCUGGUCCUGUUUGCCUUGGCAUUCCUGACCUGUGUUGUUUUUCUGGUGGUCUACAAGGUUUACAAGUAUGAUCAUACUUGUCCGGAAGGAUUUGUUUUUAAGAACAAUCAAUGCAUUCCGGCAGGAUUAGAGAACUACUACUCGGAACAAGACUCCAAUGCCCGGGGGAAAUUUUACACAGUCAUAAACCACUACAACUUGGCCAAGCAAAGCAUCACUCGCUCAGUAUCUCCAUGGAUGUCAGUGCUGUCAGAGGAGAAACUGUCAGAACAGGAGACGGAAGCUGCAGAGAAAUCAGCUUAGUGGCAUAGGCCCAUUAUUUACAAUAUGUCAUUUGAAGGUAACAAAGGGACUUUAAGGAACAUUUCAUCAAAUAUAAUUAUGGAUAAUUUAGAGGUUACUCAUUUAUGGUGCAACUGCUUCUGUUUGCUGAUACUGCUUUGCAAAUAAAACUUGCUGCAGAACAUUCAUGGGCAUACAACCAAGUGCAUAUCAGCAUUGCUUAAAGAGCUCUGAUGCCAUUCCCCCCAUUAAGAAAUCUUCAGUUAGCUGACCCAGAUCAGGCCUGGGAUUGAUUGGAUGUUGUUAGAAAAACAAUGUACACUGGAUUUUCCAGGGUUUGAGACUUCAGAUAAAUCAUGCAUUUUACUUGUCUGAAUGAUACCUAUAGUUUUAAUCACCUUGCUGUUUUGCAAACUGAACACCACAGCCAUAACUAGAGUGAUCUCUCGUUUAGCUCAGAGUGAGCUGUGCUUAAAAAGUCUUUCCAGCUCAGAUUCAAUGAUAGCAAUGCUGACACCCAGGUUAUCCAGUAGUAAUGCCUGAUUUAGAGACCUAAGGGGGAAGAAACUCAUCAGGUGGCAUUUAUCAAAUUUCCUCCCUGGCUACUGAUUGUAAGUGAUGAGGAGGUUCUUUGCAACAAGGCAUGUUCAUUGAGGUUUUCUUACCACUAUCAACAGAACAUCACUGCAUUUCCUUGGUGGUUUUGGCACCUUAGCAAAGAGGUGAACUGAAACCCACAUGUGAUUGCUAGUAAAAAGCAUGAAUACAUUUCAUUAUGAGUGUACUUGGAUGAGUGUAAAUGCAUUUGGGAGGUGAAGGAUGUUCUGUUUAGAAGUAGCCGCCUGGGGGUAGCCCUCCUGGACAGUGAGGAAACCCCCACCCCUUUUUUUUGUAGAUAGUCCACUCUGUAAUUUAUCUGAUAGGAAAAGAAGUCUUCAUUCGCACUCGUUCAUUUUUAUAUCCCAUCAGAAAUGGGUCUGCACUGAUCUUACUGUUUGCAAGUUAAUUAGGAAACACUACAGGGGUUGGGAGAGGGUUGGGGAGGGAGAUAAAAAUGUGGUGGCUGUUUUAAUCUAAGCUUUCUGAAUUUCAAAAACUGAGAGACCAGGUAUGAUAACCCCCAAGAUAUAAGGCACAGGUUACUGAGAACAUGGAGACUAGUGUCGUACCUGCAGGUUCAAUUAGGAAAUUUCAUUUCACAAUCUGUAUAAGGAAAUCAUAUUUCAAUUUUAUUCUGAACAUCAAAUAUAUGUUUACAAAAUUGCCAGUUAGACAAAAUAAGUGUGUAAAACAAUUAAAUAUAAAAAGAUAUUCACAAUUUUUUUCCUCCAUGUUAUUUUGAAUGUGCUGUCUCUAGUG